AUGAAGCUCGUCCGUUUUUUGAUGAAGUGCGCCAAUGAGACGGUGACUAUCGAGCUCAAGAAUGGUAUGUGCAGACCACCAACUCUGCGUGACCCCGACCUCGCGACAUAUCUGAACAGUUUCGGGCUUUCUGUCCACCGCCAAUUGAAGAAGAAGCUUGAUUUGCUGACAUCAAGACUUCCCAUAGGCACAAUCCUUCACGGCACCAUCACUUCAGUCUCCCCGCAGAUGAACACCUCGCUUCGGACCGUCAAGAUGACCCCCAAGGGCCGUGACCCCAUCUCUCUCGACACUAUCAACAUUCGUGGCUCUACCAUUCGUUACUACAUUCUUCCCGACAGCUUGCCGCUGGACACACUCCUAGUCGACGACGCUCCCAAGCCCAAGAAUAAGGCUCGCAAGGAGGCUGACCGUGGGGACAGUAUGGACUAUCGAUGGGACAGCUAA